UAAAGGAAGAGCACGGUUCACCUUAAGGAGUUCCUUCAGGCGGCUGCGGAGUAAAAACAGAGUAUUAAAAUAAUGAUAAUAAAAUAAAACAACGAAAAACGACGUCGUCUGGAUUUAUUCUACUUUUCCGUCAUUGUUUGGGAAACGAAGGACGGCUGCAAAACAGCGGACUUUCUGUCAGGACUUUAAGGAGAAACUGGCGAACAUCGGAGCACACCGAGUUUGAACCUCCCCCCCCCACCCCACCCCACCCCACCCCACCCUUUCUCAACUGUGUCCCUCCCUGAUUCUUCCUCCCCACUGGCUGCUGUUCUCAAGAGGAGGGCGGAACAAAGAAUGGGGUAAGAGCUGAGAGGAGCCAAGACGACACAAGCGGAGGAAACCCCCGAACCUGCACAGGUGGUGCCUGGUGCAGGACUCUGUCAUGGCGCUGCUGUGGAGGAGGAUGAAGCUUCUGGUGACGGUGAUGAUGGUCAACCUCUUCAUCUUCAUCAUCAUCUCCCGACAGAGCAACCAGGAUAAAAACAGCCGCAACAAAGUCCAAAUCCCCUCCAAGCCCUUCUGGAGCAAACUGGUUCCCAGCGCUACGUUCUGGAACCGGCAACAGCAGAUCCUGGACUUACAGAACAAUCCGGUCCUGGUGGCCAACUACAGCAGCGCGGACACGCCUGAGUGGCUCAACGAAACCGGUUUGACCUCCGAACCCUGCCAGCCCAACUUCAGGGUGACCACGCAGGUGAAGGACUACAACUCCCUUCCGGGCCGCUUCAAGGACUUCCUGCUGUACAUGCACUGCCGCUCCUACCCGGUCAUGGUGGACCAGCCGGACAUCUGUAAGCAGCCGCCCUUCCUGCUGCUGGCUGUCAAGUCCUUAGCGCCGCAUUUUGACCGCCGCCAAGCCAUCCGGCAGUCCUGGGGCCGGGCGGGGCUGAUAGCCAAUCAGACGGUGGUUACCAUCUUCCUCCUGGGUAACGCCACAGCGGGGGACCACCACCCGGACCUGUCAGAGAUGUUGCGCUACGAGAACACCCGUCACAGAGACCUCAUCCAGUGGGAUUACAGGGACUCCUUCUUCAACCUGACCGUCAAAGAGGUCCUGUUCCUGGAGUGGAUCCAGGCACGCUGCCCCGAGGCCAAGUUCAUCUUCAAAGGCGACGACGACGUCUUCGUCAACACCUUCCGCAUCCUGGACUUCCUCAAGGGCCUCUCGGAGCCCAAAGCCAGGGACCUGUUUGUGGGCGAUGUGAUCACAAACGCGGGGCCACACCGGGACAAGAAGGUGAAGUACUUCAUCCCAGAGAGCAUGUACGUGGGCACGUAUCCUCCCUACGCAGGAGGAGGCGGGUACCUGUACUCUAGGGACAUCGCUGCUCGCUUACACAAUGCCUCGCAGCACGUGGCACUGUACCCGAUAGACGACGUCUACACGGGGAUGUGUCUGAGGAAACUAGGGCUGGCCCCCGAGAAGCACAAAGGCUUCAGGACCUUUAACAUAGAGGAGAAGUACCGGUCGAACCCGUGCGCCUACAAGAGCUUAAUGCUGGUUCACCCCAGAACCCCACAGGAGAUGAUCCAGAUCUGGUCCUGGCUCAGCAGCCCGGACCUCAACUGCCAGUGAGGAUACUGAAAGACAUUGUGAGGAUGUUUCAGAGACACUUAUUUUAUCUUGAACAGGGUCAUGACUUACGAGUUGGCAGCUUUAAGUUCAGAUGUUAUUAAAAUGGUCACUUGAUGCCUCUAUAGCAGAGGAAGGAUGCGUGCCACCAAAGUAUUUUGACUCGAUGUCAGACUUCCGUAGACGAGCUUAACCCUGCUUCGCUGUCGAAACGAGCUUCACAAAAAGUGACAGCGUCUCUCUCUGCGUGCACAUAUUUAUAUCGAUCUAUUUAUAUGGCCCUGGUAAUGCUUUAACACUGUGUCGGCUCUGUGAUGGAGCGCCUCAAUGCUGUAUUAUAUGAAUAAGGAGGCUAAGAGCUAGGAUGUGUCCACCUGAGAAGAAAAGACACUCUUGACUGUAUAAACAAGGUAAAUAAGACUGAUGCUUCAGUUCCUUUAGUCACGUUUAUUGCUGGAGAAGAGUGUGUGCUGAACACUUCCUACUCAUUAUAGCUGGAGGUGUAGUUUGUGCUGCUACUCCCAUCCACACUCCCUAAAGUAUUCACUUCUUCGCUUCGACUCAAACAAAGUCCUUAAACAAAAAGCUAGUUUGUUUAACUUUAAGUCCAUCAUUCAUUUUCGGUGAAAUCCAAACGAUUCAGUCUGUAUUUUAUAUUCCUGUAACCCGUAAGUUGUGUCAUUUCUUUUUAACUUGUGGAUGAAUGCAACAAUGAAUCCACAGAGCUUUAGACGGGGUGUUUUGUGGAGUGGAUACACACUUUGCUUUCAGGAAACAAGAAUGUGAGUCCGGCUCUGUGCAGCUCAGCAGGUCUGGGCUUGGUUUUGAAAUCCAAAUGCUGAUUAAUUCUGUUUCAACUUCUCAUUUUACACAGAAGGACAAAGAACUCAUAUGAACCGUUAAGUGCUUUUUUCUUCACGCUGCUGAGCUUCUGUCUGAAACACAUGCUUAACUCCUGAGUGUCUGAGAGGAGAGUGGUGAAUGCUGGUUAAUGUUGCUUUAAUGUCAGUGAAUCAGAGGCUUAACAUCCAAGAAAUCAUGUCUCUGUUCACUGAUCAUUUAGAGGCUUUAUUUUAAAAUGUUACAUACCUGUUUUAUGGAGAGAUUUAUUUCUUGUUGUCUUCAUGUUAGUGAAUGUUGAAAAUGGUGGAUGAAAUAUCAAGGCUCACUACUGUACAACUUAGUAUUUAAUAAGAGAAGUGCUGCACAUAUUUCCCGCCAUCUGUUACAAAUUCAGCUUUAUGUGAACGUUUUCAGAUAUCUCAGUGAAGGAGAUGCUUCUUUUCGCUCUCAAACCCACUUAAAAAAACAUCUGUCACAUGAAUGUAUAUCUGUACACAUAUUUAGAGUCAAUCCUCUGAUUUAUUUCUGUUCAAAAAGUGGCUUUUCUUCAGUAUUUCUUCUCCAAAUGUCCAUAGACCUGACCUAUGACCUUCAGUGUGAAUCUGGUGGAAACACUUUAGAUCCUUCACCCCCUGCUGGUUAGGAGGGUGAACUUGUGAGAUGGUUAGCCACACACACAGUCAUCAACUCCUUGACCCAGAACUGGAGUGCAAGACCUAUUUCAUGCAUAUAAUGUUCAGAAAAUAUUUGCAUUCUGGCUAUUUUUGUUACUUUUUCCCUACGUCGGUGUCAAACAUUUGGGUUUGGCUUUACAAGAAGUUAAGAUAAUCACAGUGUGGUUAUUAAAGGUUGUUGCUGUUGUUGUACUUUUGGUUGUUUAAAAACUGGUACUCUGUACUGGUAACCAUGUAGGAUUAAAGAAACACAAAACACAGGAGCCAAGAACACAGACAGCUUCCUCUUCGGGUCACGUCUCCUCACACACCAGUACUAGAUUACAUUCUGCGGCACACCGUUUGUGGCUACUCGAAAUGUUUACAUGCUUUAAAAAGUCGACAUCACUUUAUACAUGUAGCUUCUGUCUGAUGAAUGGCUGUAGAGGUGAUUCCUAGAAACUUAUUCUGUAUAUUUCGCAGUCUGACAUUUGAGAUUCAACCUUUAUCAACCACUGCGCUUUUAUUUUGGAUUCUGCUUCACAGUUUCACUUGAAGGACCUUUUUCCUGUUUAUACACAGUCAGUGUUUCUCUGGCCUCAGCAGCCAGAAUGUAUCAUUUUCAGAGCUUCUGCAGCAGUUGUUUUCACUAAGCUAGUGGAUGACAUAUUACCGUCUAUGUGCAUAAAAAUGUCGGCACUGCAGAGCGAUGUUUUACUCAACACGACAGGGAAAUAUAAAUCGACCAAAUUGCAAACUAGGGGCAAACAUCCUGCAAAAGAGGAAGUUAUCAUGUGAUUACGUGAUUUUAAUCAGUCAGGAUUUAUCUCAAGGCCAGCCUUUCGGUUAACUCCUGGCUAUAAAAACCAAUAAAGCAUAAGUGUUCAGAGGACUUGUAAUUUAAUAAAGCCUUAUAGUUUCCGUGUUAAGCCUGCACUAGUCCGAGGUGAUUACCAAAUCUGUGCCUGAUGUUUGUUUGUACUGUAUGUCUAAGAUUCAACCAUGUGAAGCAUGAUCGCUUUUUUUUAAUACCUUGAAUGACCUGAUUGUUUCAAUAAAGUUAUGUUUGCUGUUUUUGUAUAUACUGUUCUAUGUAUUUUUAUUGUGAACCAAAUAAAUUAUGUGAAGUAAACGUUAA